UUUCUCCUGCCCGGUCUCUGUCCUGCAGUCUUCUCGCUUCACUCUCGGUGUUUUCACAGUUACGGCUGUUUCAACAUGUCCGCGGACCGGCAGCUGUUCCCCGCGCCCUCCUCUCCGCUGCCUCCCGGGGCGGAGGAGGCUCUCUGCGGGGUGUCCCCUCAGAGCAGCCCGCUGCCUCAGAUGGACACUCUGAGGCAGCUGGUGACCGAGCGGCUGGCGGCGGCGGUGGACGACAUCCUGGGGGUGUUCGCGGAAACCGUGGCCCAGUACCGGGAGCAGAUAGACCGGCAGAGGCGACAGCUGGACGGCCUGAGGUCCGAGGAGGAGGAGGAGGAAGAGGAGGAAGAGGAGGAGGGCAGGUGCAGCCAGACGGCAGAUCCUCCGCCGGCGUCCUCCUGGAUAAAGAAGUGUCCUGAUGACCAGGUCCUGAGCGUCCAGCUGCACCUGACUGACCGCAUGGAGGAGACGGACGCCGGCACCUCAGCUGCUCAGAUCAAAUCAGAAGUUGGCGGUGAGGACUGCGGAGCGUCGGGACCAAGCGGUUAUUUUGAUCCAGCCGGCGGCUCGGAAGAAGCCGGCGACGGCCGACUCCUCGCCGAGUCCUCUGAGACCGAAGACAGUGGAGAGUACUGGGGAGAGGCUGCAGGACUUUGGAAGCCGGUGGAGACGGAAGAAGCUGAAGGACAAAGUUCAUCUGCGAGCUCGAAGGCGAGGAGCUCCGGCGAUCCGUCGCAGGAGCCUGAGCUCUCACGCCAGCCUCCGCCGGUGUUCGGUUGUAAAGUCUGCGGCGAGUCCUUCCAGAGGAUUAGUUAUCUGCUCGCUCACGCGUCGGCACAUUUGAGAGACUGCGGCCUGUGCGGGAAACACCUGGAGCACACGGAGAACCUGAAGCUCCACCUCCGAGUUCACAGAGAAACCUCGUUCCGCUGCGGCGUCUGCGGCCAGAGCUUCACCCUGCGGGGGAACCUCAGGACGCACAUGAGGAUCCACUCGGGCGAGCGGCCGUACGGCUGCACGCUCUGCGGCAAGAGCUUCGGCAGGAGGGCGACGCUGGUGCGGCACGUCCGCAGCCACACGGGCGAGAAGCCGUUCACCUGCACGUACUGCGGCCGCGGCUUCGUGGAGAAGGGCAACCUGACGGUGCACCUGCGGACGCACACCGGCGAGCGGCCGUACUGGUGCUCCGUCUGCGACAGGCGCUUCAGCCAGCUGUCCUGCUUCUACAAACACCCCUGUCAGAGGAGAGGCGUGGCCAGCGGCGGCGCGAAAACAUUUCAACAGGAACUCCCUCAGUGAGCUGAGAGCUGGUCUAGAGCCGGAUCGGAUUCCUAGUUUAACAAACGUUCGGGUUAUUUUAUCUUGAAAGAGAAAAACUCCUGAUCUGUCUGUCUGUCCAAGCCCAGAUUUCUUCAGCGUCUUCUCAUUGAGAAGAGAAUGUAGCAGCAGGAUGUGGUCUUUCUGUGCGCAGCAGCGAGCGAGCAGGAUCGGCGGUCUGGAGUCGCCUUCCCUCUCUGAUCCGUCUGCUGCAGAUUCACCUCAUCGUCCUGCAAGAGGAAAGUCUUUCUGCAGCCCGGCAGCACCGACCUCUAUCCAUGUUUCCAUCUAAUUGUCACACAAAGUUUUACUUUUGAAAUGUCACAAAAAAGAAACGUGAGUUUCCAUCAGCUGGUUUGGAGCGAAUAAACCAGGCUACGGCGAGCGUCGUUACGUCUGUAGUUGAUGUAACACACGUCUGUAAUAAACAAGACGUCCGGGUUCCAAACCAGAAACCAGACCUGAGGGACCCUGAUCUGAGAAACAGAGAGGGAUCCUCAGUGUUUCAAGCUACCAGCCAUGUCUCCGCAUGUCAUGGGAAUAUCCGGCGUUCUGCAUGCAGCUCCAGAUGAUGCUUUUUAACGCUAUAAUGUCCUUUAUGGGGUCCAUCAAUGGUGAGAAAUGAUUCAAAGUAUUUAGCCUAUUCUAUUAACGUUUAGAUCUUUCUGACAGAAGCAGCGUUCACUGAGAUUCAGCAGAAAUACGCGGCGAUAAUCCCGUUUGAUCAGCGUGCAGAGCAAAGGAUCUGAGAAGGACCUUUAAGAGGUGAACGCAUCAUUCAGCAGAACAGCUGAUGAAGGCUUCCUGCCCAGAUCUGCAUCCACCUCUUUUCUCAGCACAUGUGAGCGUCACCGGCCGCGAGCUGCAGGAAAUUCUGCACAACCGGGCGAGACGCCGACAGCAGAAACGGCUGAUCAGACGUGAGUUCGCUUCGUCAUAACUUAUUCGGAAAAAGUGUUUCCAUCCCCGUUUAGCGCAUUUACUUUUUCUACGAAAACCACCUCAAGCGAAUAAAACGGAGGCGUAAAGAGAGUAAAGCUUGGAGCGCUUGGGAUCAGAGAACACUUGGGAACCCGUAUCUCUGACCCGAGGGGAGGAGGGUUUGGGUCUGAGAGAAGCUGCUGCUCACCAGUAAUUUCACCAGCUGCCUCCACAAUUACAGUUACUGCCUGUUUCAUUUCCAUACAAACAAAUGAAUGAUCUGCGAUCUGUAAAAUAGCACCGAUAAGUGUCUGUCUGCAUUAAGAACAUUUAACUAGAGAUGCACCGGUCGCAAAUGUUUUUAAAGGUCUGACCUGCUGAUUCUGAUUUUAAUCUGUAUUUCUAUGAACUAUAACUGACGGCAGAUAAACCUCUGGGCUCCAUUCAGCUGCAUGUUCAUAAUAAAACACUGAUUAUUAAAUAACAUUUUCUCCUCUCUCUCAGAAUAUAAAGGUUAAACCGCUGCACACAGCUUUCUGUACAAAUACAGUCCAACUGAAAAUAAAGUGCAGUAACACACGGCUCAGUUUCCCACAGAGCGACGGUGUGUAUUUUAGUUUGAAGAAUACAUUUCUUAACUCACUAUUUUAAUUCUACUCAAUUGUCCAUCUCAUUAAAGACGUCACCUAUCAAACGAUGUGUGGUCACUGUUGCUUUCAAAGAUUCGCCGUGUCCUCGUCCUCUAUAGUAAAACCUGAGACUGUCUGGUGGCUGUCGGUGAAGAACGUCCACGCUGCUGACCACACGUUUUAGCGUGUGUUGCUUUGACGAUAGUCGUAUGACGGGAAACACUGUGUGGCCCGGCACAGGAUCGGAUAUGCUUAAGCUGUAAAAUGGCCUUGCGAUCGAUCGGUGCAUCUCUACAUUUCACCUCAGCAGAAAACAGCAUUCAGACUGCCUCACAGUUAAAUCUGCAGAUUUCCUUGCUCUUGUUUACCAAGCCGGGAAAUCUGAAUGAAUUGUACUUUGGUGCUCGUUUCAGUAAAAUGAUGUGAACCAUUGAACUGUAGAGAAUCUAACCGAUGUACCGUCAUGUACAUACUGACAAAGUUAUAAACAUUUAUAUUUUUAUGCAUGAUCUAAGCAGCUUAACUCAAGAGCCAUUGGGCUUUAAGAGGCUUUAUACAACCAAUGAACUUCUAUAAAAAACAGACCCGGCUUCUAUUUGGGACUCUGCUUUUGAUUGAACUUUUAUGGCACUUAUAAUAAUAAUGAUGAUAAAUAAACAAUCCAACAAAUGUAAA